ACAAGGCGCUGCAGUUCAGCGACUCUUUUCUUGCUUGCUCGCAACUUCACUCUCUCCAUCCUCGGCCCUUGUAUUGUUCGACGGGGCAGCGGUGAAGUCAGCAUGACGUCAUCUAGAUAUGCGAUAGCCUGGCAAGGUGAAACAGAGUUUUGGUGAGUGGUUUUCUCCACGGCCUGCGUUGCCUACAGAGUGAGGCGCGGAGCUGCAAAACAUGGUAAUCAUCACCGCCACCACCUCAAGCUCUGCCGCGCACUCUCCUAUUUCUACCCCUCUGCACCGGGGCUCUCGUUUCAUACCCAGAGUUCAGACUUGCGUUCCAAAAAUAAUCCACUGCCAGCAUGCCGAAGGAAGAAAAACAAGAAGAGUGGUAUUUUUAGGGCCAUUAAUUUUGACCACGUGCCCCGAAGGUAAACCGGAAGGCCAUUGCGCAAAGGCUCCUCAUCAGUAUGUCCUACGAGGCCAGCACGCACUGGACGUUGACUGCGAUUGUUCUCUUGGGGUACCUAGUCGGGAUUGUGUCAUCAUAUCCUAUUCCAAGCAGGACAAAUGCAACUUUAUUGGAGAAAAGAUGGGAGACCCUCUUCUCCCGCUCCAUUCUGGGCAUCUCGGGGGAGAGAUCGGACCUGAACUGGGAGAGUGACUAUUUGCUAGGUAUCAAAAGAGUGCGGAGGCUCUACUGCAACGUGGGCAUCGGGUUUCACCUCCAGGUCCUCCCAGACGGCAGGAUAAAUGGUGUACAUAAUGAAAACCAGUACAGUCUAUUAGAGAUCUCAACGGUAGAGCGAGGAGUGGUUAGCUUGUAUGGUGUGAGAAGUGAGCUGUUUGUCGCAAUGAAUGGCCGAGGAAGGUUAUACGGAACGACAGUCUUCCAUGAUGAGUGCAAGUUCAGAGAGAGCAUGCUUCCAAACAACUACAACGCCUAUGAGUCUUCUGUUUACAGAGGCUCCUACAUUGCUCUCAGCAAGCAUGGCCGUCUGAAGAGAGGCAAAAAGGCCACCACUGCCAUGACUGUGACACACUUCCUCCCCCGAAUAUGAGCAAAACUGGCAAUAACUCACUUAUUUGCACAUGUGGAUUGUUGUCCAGGUAACAUUAUACUGUAUACACCAAUACAAAUGGACUGAAAAAGAAAGAAAUACCACUAUAUGAUAGUAUUUAUUCAGUCUUUAUAUGUAUAUUUCGGUAGCUUACUUUGUAUUAGAACUUACGGAUAUGCCAUUAAUUGCUGCUUAUUAUUUUAUCAGUAUUAUAUAAGGGGUGGAGAAGCUUCAUCUGUCCCCUUCACUUUGAAUUGGUGCUUGCCAUACAUAAAUGGUGGAGACCUUGCCCUGUCAGUAGAUGACAGCUCAUCUCAGCAUCUAGAAGUGAAAUGGAUACUUUUUUAUUACCUCAAAGCACCAUUUCCCAAAUGAAAUAAUGUGUGCAUGAUAUUUCUACUGAGAAGAAUGCCUGUUUACUUUGAACUUUUGUCAUUAUCCAUCAAGAACUAAAAAUGUUCCAUCAUCUGUGUCAACAUUAUAUCAUUGUCUAGUAAGGGCAACUAGAGCACUCACCAAAUAUUUGUUUCCUUGCUUUGUGAUGAGGGGGUGGUUGCCUUUGAUUCCUACUUGUGGCUCCUUCCCAUGCAUGUGAGAAACGCUCCCCUCAGUCAGAAAUAGGGAUGACACGCAAGUCAUCACUCCCUCAGUGACUCCGGGGGGCUUUAGCCCAAUUCCUAGAGGGCCAAAAGUAUCUUCAGUUUAUUUUCUUUCCAAAUUUAGAUCAGUUAAGUAAUUGAGACUGUGUUGGACAGGCCGGGCCCCUCAGGAGCUCACAGCCAUUGAUGUGGGAAGCUAGAACUGGAGACCCACCAUGCUAGGAGAACUUUGACAAUCCUGUUUUUUAUGAGGCUAGAGGUUUUUAUGAGGCUGAGUGUGAAAUGGCUGGAUGUUUAGACCAGAUUGAAAUGUGUGUGUGUCUGGUCUGGACUAACUGGGAGACUGCUGUAUUGAUCGAUCAAACAGUUUGAUUUGUUUUUUAAACUGAUGAGGGUUGAAACCUUAACUUAUCUGCCGGUUUGAAAAAAAAGUUAGCACUUUUACAGUAUCUCCAUUUCUGCAGUAAAUGUUGAGCUGCAUAAAUAGUGCUUGUUUUCACAUUCACUCUGUAAAUGAGGGUCUGCUACAUUAAUUAGGGAAAUAUGUAAAUAUUCCUAUUACAUUUUUUGAGAAGGGAUCAUUAUUUCACGCAAUUAAGAUGUGCUAACAACAUUUCAGGUAUCACAAUCUGGCUAUUAUGUCUAAUAUCUGAUAUUUAGAUAAUAAUAAGGAUUGUACUCAUAUGUACCUGUUUCUCUCUUUUAUUGUUUAAACUGGUUAUUAAGUUGUCAGAUCUUGUGUGGAAGAAAAACAGAAGCAAUGCCUCAAAGCAAUUCACCAAAGGCUUACAGUAGUGAUGUUUGAAGUCAAUGCUUGCUUGCUCUCCUCCUCGAAUACUGUACCUGAGCAGACACCCCUUGGCCAGUUGACACUGUAAAACCCUUUGUUCAACAACAGUCUUGAGAUUCCAGAAGUAUCCUUCCUCUCCCACCCAAAGCCAUUUUAGUACAAGGUCAGAGUCAUAGACCUCUUUCACUGUGUCUAAGCACAUGGUAUUCAGGUUCACCAGUAUCACUUUGCCCCUUUGACGCCUCUUUGCCCUACGUUCGCUCCGUUAUUCCUUGAUUUAUUUAUGAAUGGUGUGUAGCUCAAUGAAAACCUUGCAUGAAUGACAUAAGGUGAUUUUUAGUUGUAAGUGGUUUGAUUCUGUAUCUCUUUGACUGGUCGCCAAUGAGCAUGGAUUUAUUGGGAAUGGAGUGGCAUAAUCUGAUUUAAAGAUUUACCUUUGGCUAUUACAAUGCUAUAAGUAUGUUUGGUGUGUCUGAGUAAAAUACACAGGAAAGGUCACCUUUGACCUCUUUUACCAAACUUUAACUUUACGCCUGUUAAAUUCUACUUCCAACACAGCGUUGGUAGCCCACUGUAAAAUGGAUUUGAGAUGGUACUUACUCACACACAAGUACUUACAGUAGUAAGAAGAGACAGGCUGAGGCUUGAUGCAGUGUCUGGUUGUGAUGGAACACAGGAAGCAUCGGUGUCAAAUCAAAUCAAAUUGUAUUAGUCACAUACACGUGUUUAGCAGAUGUUAUUGUGGGUGUAGCGAAAUGCUUGUGCUUCUAGUUCCGACAGUGCAGUAAUAUCUAACAAGUAAUAUUUAACAGUUUCACAACAUACACGUAAAUCUAAAUAAGGAGUGGAUUAAGAAUAUAUAUACAUAUAUGUCAGUGAGGCAUUGGACUAAGAUACAGUGGCAUAGUAUAGAGUACAGUUUACACAUAUGAGAUGAGUAAUGCAAGAUAAGGAGAUAUCAUUAAAGUGGCUAGUGUUUAAUUUCAUUGUCAACAGUCAUCAUACUCCAUAUUUGCCACAGCCAAAGAGAAAGCAAAGUUCCAAUCAGAUCAAUUCACCAAGCUGAAAUUGUAUUGAUGUGCUAGCUAGGCGCUGUUUCCAUCAAGGAGGAUGGCAGACAAUGAAAAUAUGUAACACAAAGGCUGUUUUGGAUUUGAACCGUUAUGAGACAAAACACGAUUUUAUAUGGAUAACUAGUAGUGCUGUUGCUUGAACAAUGGUGCUCCCAGGAGAUAUAGCUACUGUAAUAGUUAUGCAAGUUAAAAGUGUUGCUCAGUCUGCCAAGUAGAAUCAUCUCUACAGCUAGCACCAGAUCAAGCCCACUUUCAUUGUCACAAUGGAACUGAAAAAUGUCUUCACCACCACCUACCUAUUCAGGAUGAUGAUCAGUAAUUGAGGAAUGAAUGGAAACAAGCUUUUCCACUGUCUUGCAUGUGUUCGUCUGGGAUGAUAACAUAGCAGGAUUCAUGGUUUAUUGAAUUUGGAUGGUGUAACAUCUUAUCUUCCAUCCUUUCUUCUCCCCACAAUGUCAUCAUAAUAAGACAUGAAAUGUGAAUGUUCAUGAAGGUGAAUAAUAUUUGUUUUGAUAACAACAUCCUUAUCAUUCUUUUUUUUUCAUAUGGGCAACAGGACACUAUCAUGACAACAUGCAAAUACGUGAACUGAAAUAGAUAUUUGGAAGUGUGAGAAUUGUGCCUCUGUCACAAUGGCUUCUCAUGUCAUGACUGGCACCUAGUUCAGUGUCCACCUGUUAGUCCUAACCAUAGGUCUUUGUACCAAAUGUAUUAAAGCUGCUUAAAGAGUGUUAGAUACUCAAAUGGUGUUCAAGCCUACAGUAACUUACAAUACGGUGCGUUGCAGGCUCUCCAACUUGUGAAAAGGUGCUAUGGGUGGUAGUGGAUAAGGGAGUGGUGGUAGCGAUUCAGUGUGUGUCCCUGUGUGUCGGCAGCCUAAGUUUGAGUUCUCUCAGUUUUCUAUUCCUGCACUGAGGGGAGUGUGCUUCCUUCUGAAUCCCCCUCCUCUUUUUUAACAUAUACCUCACCUUCUGCCUUAGUUCCGAUUUAUUGAAAUGAUUGUAAAUUAGUUUGAAAUAACAGACUUCUCCAAUCAUUUGUUUCUUAAAAAAUAUGAUGACUAGUAAGAAUGCUAAUAUACUAAAAAUGGUUUUCCUUUUAUUUUUGUACGUAUGUGCUGUGCACAGCAGUCAACUGUAUUCCUGAAUGAAUAAUAAAACAUGUUUUAUAUGGGUUGUU